CUCUCCUGCCUGCUGGACUAGCCUCCUGUCAGAAUGGAGCUGCGCGCAGAAAGGACCACACUGAGGACAUCAGUGAAACACGAGCUCAAGGCAACUUUAUCACCUUUCAGAUUAACUGUUUAGAUGUCCAAGCGUGGCCAAAGUCUAUUUAUAUUCUCAUUAUCAUGUCACGGUUCCUGAUUUUCCUGCCACCACUCCACAGGCGGUGCAGGAGUAUCAAAAAGUUCAAGACUUCUUCCAGUAAAGUCGUUUUUAAUUUUUGGUCUAUAGAUAUUAUGGGGUUCCAGCUAAGCAUUGGAGCAUUCCCACCUUGACCGAUGUGUCCUGAGGGGACAUGGAUUUAGAGGUGAUGGACAACAAUGGAUCUAUAUGUUUGUCCCGGAAUGAGAGCGACCGCGGAACGAGCGCUUCCUCCGCCGGAAGGUCCACUGCGCUGGCCAGCGUGCUGAUUUUCACCAUCGCGGUGGACAUACUGGGCAAUGUCCUCGUCAUUCUGUCCGUAUACAGGAACAAAAAGCUCAGGAAUGCAGGUAACAUCUUCGUUGUGAGUUUGUCCGUGGCAGACCUGGUGGUGGCGUUAUACCCCUACCCUCUGGUCCUGACAGCCAUCUUUCACGAUGAAUGGACCAUGGGCGACCUGCACUGCCAGGCCAGCGGCUUCAUCAUGGGCUUAAGCGUCAUCGGCUCCAUCUUCAACAUCACGGCCAUCGCUAUCAACCGGUACUGCUACAUCUGCCACAGCCUACACUACGACCGCCUGUACAGCCUGAGGAACACCUGCUGCUACCUGGGCCUCACUUGGCUGCUCACCGCACUCGCCACUGUGCCAAACUUCUUUGUUGGCUCGCUGCAGUACGACCCUCGUAUCUACUCCUGCACCUUCGCCCAGACAGUUAGCUCAUACUACACCAUCUCAGUGGUCGUUAUUCACUUUCUGAUCCCACUGCUGGUUGUGUCCUACUGCUACAUGAGGAUAUGGGUGCUUGUAAUUCAAGUGAAACAUCGAGUUAAACCGGAGCAAAGGGCCAAACUGCAGCCUAGUGAUGUGAGGAACUUCCUGACUAUGUUUAUGGUGUUUGUGUUGUUUGCAGUCUGCUGGGCUCCACUGAACCUCAUAGGCCUGGCUGUAGCUAUAAAUCCUGUGAAAGUUGCACCCAACAUACCCGAGUGGCUCUUUGUCACAAGUUACUUUAUGGCAUACUUCAAUAGCUGCCUCAACGCGGUCAUAUAUGGACUUCUAAACCAGAACUUCCGUAAAGAAUACAAGACGAUCCUUCUUGCUAUUUGCAUUCCACGUUUACUCCUCAUGGAGUCGUCCAGAGGUGUCACUGAGGGAAUGAAGAGUAAGCCUUCGCCAGCUGUAACAAACAACAAUGUGGCAGAAUUAAAUGUAUAAACUCAAUGUUUUCCCGGGAAACUUUGUUGAAGCUUCUGUGGAGCCUCAUUGUGGAUGUGUGACAUCACCCAGUGCCUACUCACAAGAUUUGUUUAAUUUUGGAGAGAACACUACUGCCAUCGUAUUCCUUUCAGCCAGAAAAAAAAAACACUGUUCCCUCCUGUUGAGAAAAAAAUAAAUAAUUGUAUCACUGGUACAAUGCAUUCCUUUGGGACCCUCUACUACUUUUUUAUUUAAAGACCAACUGGUAAACAAACACCAAAAAAACAGGAAGCUAGUCUGUAUUCACCUAAAACAUUUGGAACAUAGAGGGUAAUCUUUUAUUCAGUGAGUUAUAGGAUGCUGAGACUGUAUAUGUUUUGGAUGGGAGCUUUCACUUUCCACUGUGUCUGCACAUUUUAAAGUUGAUUUUUUAAAUGAAAUCCUUCAGGCCUUUACACACCUGUGCAAUUAAUUCACAUAAGAAUAUAUUCAUAAGAACUGUGUUAUGACCUAAAUACUUCCAUGCAGAAUGUAGUAUUCUGCAGCAAAACAGUCACCUAUUUUUUUUUCCAGAACAGAUGGAUUUUUCCAAGUUUUUACACAGCUGGAAAAAGCAUCAUC